AGCUUUAGACGCUGCAUUCCGCCACAGCCACUUUUAGAGGAAAUAUAUCUAUUUGUUUAUCUAUUUAUUUAUCUAUUUGCUUUACAUCGCCCACUAUCUUUACUCUCUUACCUCAGUGCAGCCCCGCAUCGCUUGUCUCCUCAGAUCCCCCUCCCCCAUAUAUAUAUAGUAGUGUUAUGCACAGCAUCAUACACGGCACAAUGAUGCGGGGAAGCUCGAACGCGCGGCCGCGGCACGGCGCCCGCCGUCUUGCGUUGCCUCUGCUUCUUCUCCUCCUCCUCUUCUGCGGGGCCGUGCGCGUUGCCCACGGCUUCGCUUUCGUGCCGGUGAUGAGCAGCUUCGCGAAACAGGACACCAGCGGCAGCAAAAUGCAGUCGCGCCUCGUCUGCCAACAGGGCGGUGGCUACCUUGCCAGCGAGCCCACCGUAGCAUUACAUCAGUCGGUCAUCGAGACGGUGCGGCGGGCCGGUGCGGGGGAGACGUGGUUCGCGUACCUCGGCGCCACCACCGACGCCAACCUCGAAGACAACUGCCCGUUUCCCAUCAUCUCGGGCCGCCUCAUCAACGGCGUGUCGUACGGCUGCUACUGGCGGUGGAACCAGGGCCGGUGGGCCGAGACGGCAGACAACCGAACGCUGCCCUUGUACAUCAAAGGCGUCGGGGUGACGUUCUACAUCGGGAACACCUUCGAAAAACCCCAGUCGGCGACCGUCGUGUACUACGGACAGGCGAGCGGCUUCCCGAGCUUCUUUGACGCGGCGGACAUGGCACCACGCGAUCGGCGGCCGGGGAUGAUGUUCGGCCAGGACUUGAUCCUCCGCGGUGUGUCCGACACCUCGACCUGGUCGGACAACCUCGCGGUGGGUGGCUACAGCUACGCCGGCUACCGCUGGAGCCCUGUCGCGGGCGUCAGUCAAUGGAACGCGUCGGCGCAGGCGGCCAGCAAGGUGAACUUCUGGGCGGCCUGCCAGGUGCAGGCGCCGAGUCGCACCAUGUACGAGAUGACGAACACCUCCAGCGCGCUGCAGAAGAACUGGUGGAUCAUCUUCUUCGUGGUUUUGUUCGUCGUCACCCUCGUCGUGUUUCUCAUCGUUGCGCUCUGCCAGGACGACGAAGACAUGGAUGAGCCGCCCGAGGACGCGCCGGAGUGGGCGCAGCAAGAGACGCACGAGACGCUGCGCCCCAAGUCCUUCGUGUCCACACGCUCCUUCCGCGGUAACACCUACGAGGACGACAACGACAACGAGAAAAGCAACGACUACCGUCGCAGCAGCAGCAACAGUGGUGAUGGCGGCCGCCGACGCAGCAGCGAUGACGGCUACGCUCCACAACAGCAGCAUCAGGAGAUGCGUCAGGCGUCGAACACGGGCGGCAGCCAGCGCCACGUGCGUCCUCCAAACGACUACGACGAUGACGCACACGUGAGACAGUCACAGAACAAUUGGAUGUAA